AUGACUUCAUCCAGCUGUGCCACGGUGCUGUACCUGUGGAAGCACAUGAAGAUGAUGCAGGCGACCCCUAACAGCUCCUUCUCCAGCCCCCACCUGCAGAGUCAGUGGAGGGUCACCAUCACAUGCAUCAUCCAGGCUGGACUCUCCAUCUUCAGCUUGCUCUUGCUGAUUACAUGUUUUUUCUGCUCCUGUCUGCUGCUUCCAAAAAGCGGGCAAGAGGAAGGCAUAAAGCAGCCACUUUUACUGCUUCUGUGGUCAGUGGUGGGAUGUAACGGCUUGGUGCAGUUCACCAUACUUCUCUCUGUCUGUCUGACAUUCUCAGAAAUAAAUAAGGAACCGGGGAUUGAAGACAAAAAGUGGUACUUACUGUGGUUGAGCAUUCUCUUCAGCAUGUCUCCCACUGCAUGGCUAAGCGUCUUCUACCACAUCAGAAUCGUCCCUGCCCAACGUGCGUUCUUCAUAUGGAUGAAGAGGAACUUCAAACCAGUAGUUUACUGGGGUUUGGCCAUUGACAGGGUCCUUAUUUUGUCUGACAGCGUGAUUACUGUUGCAUACAUUUUUUCACUAAAGGACAAAGGGCCUAAACAACAAAAUGGCAGCGUUACUUCAGCAUCUGUCAAUGAUUCCGAGGCUGACAAAGGCAUUGAGAAUGUCAGGACUGGAGUUGAAGUGUCCUAUUUCAUUCUUUGUGUAAUUGCAAUGACUUCAUCCAGCUGUGCCACGGUGCUGUACCUGUGGAAGCACAUGAAGAUGAUGCAGGCGACCCCUAGCAGCUCCUUCUCCAGCCCCCACCUGCAGAGUCAGUGGAGGGUCACCAUCACAGGCAUCAUUCAGGCUGGACUCUACACCUUCAGCUCACUGUGGAUUAUCCUGGACUAUUUUAUUCCUGAAUUCGUAGAUUUUGAAAUUCUGUGCACAGUCAUUUCCUUCUUCUCCGUGGGCACCAUGAUAAACUUUGGCUUUGGACAGACCCUGUUCCGGCAGCGAGCAGCUGAUCUGUGGAACAGAGCUGUGCAGAGCACUCAGCUGUGUGGAUUCAACAGAGCAUGA